CAGCGAGCUGGGUCAGAGCUGCAGGGGGCCCCGUAGCUCGGGCGCAGAGCGCUGUUUCUCCCGCGGACCUGUCGGCACUUCGCCAUUAGACCACCUCCGCUCCGCCCUCCGCCCCCAGCCGAGACCCCGCCCAGAAGGGGCGCCCCUUUCCCGGCCUCUGGGCCACGGCUUCGCUCCAGGGCUUUUUGCAGACGCCCGGGCCCGGCCCAGCUGCACCUGGGCUGCUCCCGCCCGGGGCGCCAGCCCUCGCGCAGCGUAGAGAACUUUCCCCGGAGCCGCCGCGGCCUGGCGCUCCCAGGGCGCACCCCUACCCGUCCGCCCGCCGCUUUCCUAGCCCGGGCGCUCGAUUCUCUGCCCGCCGGCAAGUCUUUUGACUCCCGGUUUCUCUGAACCUCCGGGACAAUCAGCACUCCGCCGCAGCGGCAGGGCAUGCUCGGAGGAAGACCUUGAACUUGGCCCCCCACGGCCCCCCGCGAUGAGCUCGGGGUUCCCCAGACUGGAGCCGCGCUCCGCGACGAGCUGACCUCUGCUCACCGGUUUCGAUAGGAGCCCGCUCGCUGCCCUUUCCGACCGUCUUCGGGCUUCUGGGUGCCCGCGGAUUGGGGAAGGGACGACCCUCGCAAAGAGAUCGCCCCUGCAGUGUUGUUGGGACGUCGUGGGGACCCCGGACACAAAGGAAUAGCCGAGCGCUCCCCAUUCGGCGGACCGGACAGGGGGCUGCGGGGUGGGGUCGGAGCUGGCGGUGCGCGCCCGCUGGGGGCUCCGCUGGCGGAGGAGGAGGCCGGUGCGUCGAGGCCGCGCUCCCGGCGAGCGCGGGCGGUGGGGGCUGAAGAGCCUCUAGGGGCUUCCAAGUCCGGGGAGGGCCUCGAGCUCUCGUCUCUCCCGUUUCGUGCCUCUUGUCCCCAUUGCCAGGAGACUUUUGUCGUCCCCAGGACUGCGGAAGGGGCCGCGGCGCCCCCGCCUUCGGAGGAGCCCGAGUCGCACGCAGGAUGCGCGGGGACGCGCGGCCGCCCUCCGCGCCCAGUUCCGCCGGCGCUUCCUCGGCGGCUCCCGGGCGCUGACUCUCCGGGCUUCUCAGCUGCCCUUGCCUCCUGCUCGCGCGGCCCCGGACCCUUCCGGGACCUGUUCCUGUCGCCUUCGCCGCGGCGUGGACAAUAAAUUAAUGCCUCGCGCUUGAGGAGAGGGGGCGGCUUUCUCGCCUUGGCUGGAGACGGUCACAGCCGACAUGGGCUGUUUCUGCGCUGUUCCGGAAGAAUUUUACUGCGAAGUUUUGCUCCUGGAUGAAUCCAAGUUAACCCUCACCACCCAGCAGCAGGGCAUUAAGAAGUCAACGAAAGGUUCUGUUGUCCUUGACCACGUAUUCCGUCACAUAAACCUUGUGGAGAUAGAUUAUUUUGGUCUGCGCUACUGUGACAGAAGCCAUCAGACAUAUUGGCUGGAUCCUGCAAAAACACUUGCUGAACACAAAGAACUGAUCAACACUGGACCUCCAUAUACUUUGUAUUUUGGUAUUAAAUUCUAUGCUGAUGAUCCAUGUAAGCUUAAAGAAGAAAUAACCAGAUAUCAGUUUUUCUUGCAGGUGAAGCAAGAUGUCCUUCAGGGCCGGCUGCCCUGCCCUGUCAACAUUGCCGCUCAGCUGGGAGCAUAUGCCAUCCAGUCUGAACUUGGAGAUUAUGAUCCAUAUAAGCAUACUACAGGAUAUGUGUCAGAGUAUCGGUUUGUUCCUGAUCAGAAGGAAGAGCUUGAAGAAGCCAUAGAAAGAAUUCAUAAAACUCUAAUGGGUCAGGCACCUUCGGAAGCAGAGCUGAAUUACUUGAGGAUCGCCAAAUCCCUGGAGAUGUAUGGCGUUGACCUCCAUCCCGUCUAUGGAGAAAACAAAUCCGAGUAUUUCUUAGGAUUAACUCCAGUUGGUGUUGUUGUCUAUAAGAAUAAAAAGCAAGUGGGGAAGUAUUUCUGGCCUCGGAUUACAAAGGUGCACUUCAAGGAGACCCAGUUUGAACUCAGAGUACUGGGAAAAGAUUGCAAUGAAACCUCAUUCUUUUUUGAAGCUCGAAGUAAAACUGCUUGCAAGCAUCUUUGGAAGUGUAGUGUAGAACAUCAUACAUUUUUUAGAAUGCCAGAAAAUGAAUCAAAUUCAUUGUCAAGAAAACUCAGCAAGUUUGGAUCCAUGAGUUACAAGCACCGGUAUAGUGGCAGGACAGCAUUGCAAAUGAGUCGAGACCUUUCUGUUCAACUUCCCCGGCCAGAUCAGAAUGUGGCAAGAAGUCGAAGCAAGACUUAUCCUAAGAGAAUAGCACAAACACAGCCUGCUGGAUCAAACAGCCUAAAUCGGGUAACUGCAAACAUGGAAAACGGAGAAAACGAAGGAACCACUAAAAUUAUGGCACCUUCACCAGUAAAAAGCUUUAAGAAGUCAAAGAAUGAAAAUAGCCCUGAUACCCAAAGAAGCAAAUCUCACGCACCGUGGGAAGAAAAUGGCCCCCAGAGUGGACUCUACAACUCCCCCAACGACCGCACGAAAUCCCCCAAGUUUCCCUACAUGCGCCGCCGAAACCCCUCCUGUGGGAGCGACAACGACUCUGUGCAGCCAACCAGGAGAAGGAAAGUCCAUAACAGCGGUGAAGACUCAGAUCUAAAGCAAAGGAGGAGGUCGCGCUCACGCUGUAACACAAGCAGUGGCAGUGAAUCAGAAAAUUCUAAUAGAGAACACCGGAAAAAGAGAAACAGGGUCAAGUCUGAGUAUGAAGGUAACCUGCUAAAUUCCACGAUAGAGAAUGGAGCGUACACGAAUUGUGCUUCCUUUCAAACAUCUGUCCUCUGGGAAAAAAUACGGCAGGAGAACGAUAUGGUUGAUUCAGCUCCUCAGUGGGAAGCUGUAUUAAGGAGACAAAAGGAGAAAAACCAGGCAGACCCUAACAACAGGCGAUCCAGACACAGAUCUCGCUCGAGAAGCCCUGAUAUCCAAGCAAAAGAAGAGUUAUGGAAGCAUAUUCAGAAGGAACUUGUGGAUCCAUCUGGAUUGUCAGAAGAACAAUUAAAAGAGAUUCCAUACACUAAAGUGGAGACUCAAGGUGACCCAAUCCGCAUCAGGCAUUCUCAUUCGCCGCGAAGUUACCGCCAGUAUCGCCGGUCCCAGUGUUCAGAUGGAGAGCGAUCUGUUCUCUCAGAAGUGAAUUCAAAAACGGAUCUUGUACCUCCCCUUCCCGUGACCCGGUCUUCAGAUGCUCAGGGUUCUGGCGGUUCCACAGUUCAUCAGAGAAGAAAUGGGUCUAAAGAAAGCCUGAUUGAAGAAAAAUCUCAGACAUCUACAAGCAAUCUGGCUGGAAAACAUACAGCGAAAACCAUAAAAACUAUCCAAGCUUCACGCCUCAAGAUAGAGACUUGAUCCCAGUGAAGGGCUUGGGCCGGGUGGGGGGUGGGAAGGGUGUGUGUGUGCCACCUACUUUGAAACUGUGAAUUAUUAAAGUAUCUUGGACCUUCAAGUGUUUCUUCAGAAGAAAAUUAAGUCUGUUGCUUCUUUUAAAGGUUUAACUACAGCAUAUUUGUGAAGGGACUUUUAAUUUGUAACUGGAAGGAUAGCUGUCUUGUAAAAACUCAUUCACUCGAUGCCGUUAUUUUCCGUGGUGGAAGCUGAGGAUCUGGUCUCUACAACCAGAACCAGACGCUUCUGGUCAGUUCUGGAAUCCUGGACCGCAGCUGGCUGGCUGUGCACGACACCAAGUGGGGUGAAAAGGUUCUGCCCAGCUCUAGCUGGACCUCAGCCUGUGCAGAUGCACUGAGGACUGUCACCUCACUUCCAGACUGCAGAUAUUAAUAUAAAUGUUCUUUGUAAUACUGUAUAUUGUGGCAUUAAGUUCCACUGGUUAUUUACAAAUGUAAAAAAAGCUUUGUUUGAAAGUGUUGCUUUAAUUUCUAGUGUCCUUGUCUUUUGUUUUCAGGAAAAAGGCAAUGUGUGGAUUUCAGUUGACCUCAGCUUAUAAAUUCCUACCACGCUCAACUUCAAACGGUCCCUCCAGCCUGCUUGGCUAUCUCUCCCCCCAAGGACUAUUUCAGACCUUUCCUCUCUGAUUUGCAAGCACAGAUCCCUCCCCAGCUACCAUUUCUCCCAUUCCAAGUUUCUCAAAAAAGAUUAACCAGACACUAUAACCAGUGUCCUCAAUUCAUCUCUCAAUACGGAUCCUCCCCCAGGGCUCCACUAAAGCAGACUCCACUAGUUACCUGCAUGUCACCAAAUCACAAGGCCCAAGGCUAACUUUUAGGCUGCCUUGCACACUUCUUGCUGCUUUAAUGUCGUGCUUCCCAUUUAAUUUCUAUCAUCCUCAUCCUCCAUUGCAGUUCAUUCUACCCUACCUCACUAAUUACUAGUUCCUCAAACCUCAGACCCUCUUCCUCUACCACAGGUUUUCAUGCCCAUGCCCCUCAGGUGUACUUAGCUUGGACUACAGACUAGUGUCCUGCCAAGUGACCAAUUAGUUUAAAAUGCUGCCCCCCCAGCUGGAUUUAGGGCCUUAUGCUUAUGAAUGUGCAAGUCUACAUACCUAGCAUCAUUAUGGACACUUCCCCUAUUACCAAGUCCUGUCAGCUUUGCCCUCUAGAGCUUAAUUAUUCCUUUACUAAUUUUACCACAUUGAUCCAAGAUGGUCAUCUCUUGCCCAGACAACUAUACUAGCCUCCAGUGGGCCCACUUGUAUUCAUUUUCUUGCAAAUGUGAUCACAGAUCUCCCUUUGCUUUGAAUACAGCCUUACGUGGUCUGGCAUCUUACCUGUUCAGCCUUAACUUCUAAGACUCCCAGUUCCCAUAAUGGCCAUAACAUGCCUCAUUAAGCCUUCUUAUCUAAAUCAGGGCACCAAAGAGGGAAAGCAGUUACAACUGUUACAAUUCUGGACUUAGGGUCAUAUCAUUUUUCUAGCUCAAGGCCUCUGCACAUGCCACUCCCCCAAUUUUGCUCACAAAAACCAUACCCACCCUUAGUCUCCACUCUGCUUUCUGACUUGGUCAGACCCUACUUUGCAUAGGAUUUGUCUCACAAAGUUUUACAUUUGUGGUAUUUCCUCCAUUCACCUGUAAGAUUCCAAAGGGAGGAACUAUUCAAUAUUUUGCUCAUCCUGUGUGUCCCCAGCUCCUAGUACAGUGCUUUCAAUAAAUUUUUUCAAUGCCUGAACAUAUUGUCUUUGCAAAGCGAAGGCAGGAGGUAUGCUGACUUCAAGUUUACAAUGUAGUCACAUAAGAAAAAAAUGCAGUGACAGUGUGAAAGCACACCCGUGACCUAGAAACCAACUCGUCUAAUUCAGUUGAUCACGAGGCAGUGGAAGAAAGCACAUUAUUUCUCCUUGGGCUUCACAUAAGCCUGUGUUUCAUAAGCCUAUCAGUGACUGAUAGCACUGAAUAUUAAUCUUAACUGCUAAGAUUUAACAAG